AUGUUUAAGAAAAGGCAAACCCUUUUUUCUCUUUCAAAUAAGUUGUUGGUAUUUCAGCUUCUUGUUUUGUUGUUGUUUAGUUUGCAUCAUGACAAUACUGUGCAAUGUCAUGGGAGAUUGAGUAAACAUGUGUCGUAUGAGUCUCGGUCGGGGGCGGAAUAUAGGGAUGAUUCUAAGAAGAUUAUUGUUAGUGUAGUUUUAGGAGUAAUCACUGGAUUAAUUGGUUCGAUUCUGUUUGUGGUUGUGAUUCGUUGCGUUGUUCAGUAUCUGAAUAGAACGCCUAUCCUCAAAGGACCGGUGAUAUUCUCGCCAAAGAUUGCCUCGAAGACACUCCAAUUAGCUUUGUCGAAAGAAAACCAUUUGCUUGGUUCGAGUGCGAAUGGGAAGUACUAUAAAACUGUUCUUGAGAAUGGUCUCAUAAUUGCGGUGAAAAAGCUUACACCGUUUGAGAGCAAUUCGCAAGAGAGUAGGAGAAAAUCCGUGAAGAGGAAGAUACAGAUGGAGCUAGAGCUUCUUGCAAGCUUAAGACAUAGGAAUUUGAUGAGUUUGAGGGCUUAUGUUCGCGAAAACGAUGGAUUCUCAUUGGUUUAUGAUUAUGUGUCGACCGGUAGUCUUGCAGAUGUGAUGAAUAGGGUUAGAGAAAAUGAGUUGCAGAUUGGUUGGGAAGUUAGGUUGAGGAUUGCUGUUGGUGUUGUGAAGGGUCUUCAAUAUCUUCAUUACACUUGUGUUCCUCAAAUUUUACAUUUCAAUUUGAAGCCUACAAAUGUGAUGUUGGAUUCUGAAUUUGAACCUAGAUUGGCAGAUUAUGGAUUGGCUAAACUUCUACCCAACUUAGAUAGAGGGACUUCUCUCAACACCCCUCCCGAAUGUUUCCACAUUCGCAGCAGGUACACAGAAAAGAGCGACAUAUUCAGCUUCGGGAUGAUACUAGGAGUCUUACUAACCGGUAAGGACCCUACGGAUGCAUUCUUUGGAGAAGCGGUGAGAGGUGGAAGUUUGGGAUGUUGGCUGCGACAUUUGAAGCAAGCGGGAGAGGAACGAGAAGCUCUAGAUAAGAGUAUUUUGGGGGAACAAGGUGAAGAAGAUGAGAUGCUAAUGGCUGUUGGGAUUGCUGCGGCGUGCUUAUCUGAUAUGCCUGCUGAUAGACCUUCCAGUGAUGAACUUGUUCACAUGCUAACACAGCUCAAUAGUUUUUGA